AUGGAUCGGGCGACCAAGGAGACCCAGGACCGCGAGCUCAUCCUCGCGCGCACGCCCUGUAAAGCUGCGGCGGACGUCCGCGCCUGCCUCCUCGACCUGACCGCGGAGGAGCUCCACGGCGCCAUGCCGGACUCCUACGGCUACUUCGACACGCUGUACGACUACCCCGUCGACAGGCGAGGCCUCGGCGCCCGCGUGAGCGCCCUGCCCCACGUCGACGGCGUCACCGUCCCACGCCCGCUGCAGGACGCCCUGCGCACGGGCCUCAACGACGUGCCGCUGCUCCUCCAGAGCCUGCAGGCAGAGAUGGACUGCGCGCCAGACGCGUCCCUCGAGAACGCCUCCGCCGAGGACGUCCGCGACUGGUUCCGCGAGAAGUUCUCCCCCGCCUAUGGGGCGGCGAACGCCGCGGAGAUCUUCCGGCGCUACGCCGAGUACACCGACCCCCACCCAGCUUACGCGGUGUACGCGCUCGAUUCGGACACCGCCGCAGCUUGCGGAUUGCGAGAGCUGGCGCUGGCGGCCCGCGAGGGCUUCGGCUCGCCGGUCUACUGGGCCACGGUGACCGGCGCACCCAGCACUACUUUGCUCGCGGGCAGCAGGUUCCCAUUCCACACCUGGGAUGUCGUGGCGGCCACGAGGACCUGGCAGGAGUUCCACUACCAGCCCUCGGCGUCCGACGAGCGCUUCGGCGCCAUGCUGCUGGGGCAGUGGGUGGGGCUGGCGAGGGACGGCCGGCUUCCAGACGCAGGCUGGAAGCCCGUGCAGAUGGCCCCCGGGGGCCGCACUUGGGGCUCGCGCGUGGAGAAGGACCGGACCGCCCUGGUCUACGACCCGAAGGCGGAGGUGUGCCGCUUCUGGCGGUCGAUCGGCGUCGGCCAAGAGUGGUGGUGGAUCAACUGA